UUUUUCUCCUUCCGCACCGUCUCGGUUUCCGCUUCCCUCCCAGGCGCGGGGUGCCAGGGAAGGAGGCCGCGCCUGGGCGCCUGCCGCCGCCAUGUGGCCCCCAGACCCCGACCCCAACUCUGACCCGGACCCCGAGCCCGAGGGCCGCUCCCAGCCGGGUCCGGCCGUCCCCGGGCUCCGCGCCCUCCUGCCGGCGCGCGCCUUCCUCUGCUCGCGCAAAGGCCGCCUCCUGCUGGCGGAGUCGGGUCUCUCUUUCAUCACCUUUGUCUGCUAUGUGGCAUCCUCAGCAUCAGCCUUCCUCACGGCUCCCCUGCUGGAGUUCCUGCUGGCCCUCUACUUCCUUUUUGCGGAUGCUAUGCAGCUGAGUGACAAAUGGCAGGGCUUGUGCUGGCCCAUGAUGGACUUCCUGCGCUGUGUCACGGCGGCCCUCAUCUACUUCGCCAUCUCCAUCACGGCUGUCGCAAAAUACUCUGACGGGGCCUCCAAAGCAGCUGGAGUGUUUGGCUUCUUUGCCACAAUCGUGUUCGCCAUUGACUUCUACCUGAUCUUUAAUGAUGUAGCCAAAUUCCUCAAACAAGGGGACUCGGCAGACGAGACCACAGCCGGCAAGGCAGAAGAAGAGAAUUCUGACUCGGACUCAGACUGAAGGUCUGCCUGUGCCCUGGCAACCCAAGCCCCAGGAGCCACUCCUGCCCCUUCCUGCCCAGGCUGGCCGGGAGUGCGGCCAGGGGACAUCGUGUGGAAGAGAGGCUGUGACUUCUCGUGCAGCAGUGGGAGUGCUGACCGGGUGACUCUCCUCACAGCCUCAUGUUCCUGAACCCAGUCACCAGACUGCACCCCUUGCUUAGCACCAUUUACCCACUGCAUGAGGGCAUCUUGAAUAUUCCACCCCAUCUCCCCACUUCUGACCUCAAGUCAUUUAACCUCUCUGCCAAAGACAAGCACAAGGACAGAAAGCCUUGAGUUGCAGCCAGUGCUCAGAUCCUGGGGUCAGACAGACACUGACUGCCUCCUGCCCCAGUAAGCAGUUGGUGCUGGAAGGUGUGGUGUGUUGGUGGGGGAGGGGGCCUGGUCUGUGUUUUCCAAAUGGGAACGCUUAGGCAGAAAGCACCGCAGGGCCUGACCCACCAGGCCCCAAUGGUGUCUGACGCUUGUCUGCACUUUGUGCACUGCUCGUGCCAGGCACUUUGUUGAGAAUGAGCCUUCCAACAGUCUUUUGUUCAAGGAGCAUCUCUUCCCUCUGAUCUUGAAAUGUGGAGAAAACUGGUCUUUGCCUUACCAUUUAGGAGAGAGUGGGUCUUGGUGCCCGUAACUGACUCCCCACACCCUGGGUAACCAUAAGCCUUCCUCGGGUAACAUGACUGUUCUGGGUCUAACACUGUGUCAAAGAGAAGCUCGUAGACUGGCUUGCCAGGUCCAAGAGACAGAGGGCGCGGAAGCAGGGAGCAGCAGUGCCAGCACUGUGGGUGGCCGGGCGGGCCCAGCCAGACCCUCUCUCCUGAGGCCGGCGAGCAGAUGGCUGUUCGCAGGACCGUGAGCUUCCAGACACCAGAGCAGGCUACUGACCAUCUCACGAGACGAGACGAGCCUUCUGGGUUCACCCAAGGACUUAUACUGUGUAUGUCUCCUCAGUGGAAUUUUGUAACUUUUAGAUAAUUUUUUUUUGUACAAAAUCAGCUUUUUAACAAAAAUUUAAUUUCCUGUGACCCAAGAGGCCUGGUCAAUGAGCCACAGUUCUGGGCCUGUGUUUUGGGUACUUAUAGCCUGUUCUCUUGCAUGUGAAUCUCCUACCCCAGAAAGGCCUCAUGGAUUAAACCAAACUGAUUGGUGCGUG